AUGUCAACAUCAUCAAUAUCUGAUGGAAUUCUUCAAUUUGCUACACAAUAUUCACUCUAUACUGGUUAUAUUACAUUUAGUUUUGGAAUUAUUGGUAAUGUGUUGAAUCUUCUUGUUUUUACUCAACUGAAACAAUUUCGAACUAAUCGAUGUGUCUUUUAUAUAACUAUUGAAUCAAUCUCCAACUUAGUUUAUCAGUUUUUAUCUAUUACUCUGACUAUUUUAACAUCUAUAUAUGGAGACGAUGCAACAGGACGUUCUUCAAUGUGGUGUAAAUUAAGAUAUAUAUUGUUACAAAUAUGUGCACUCACUACUUAUUCCAUGGUAUGUUUUUCUGCUGUUGAUCAGUUCUUUUCAACGAAUCAUCGUUUCAAUGUAAGACAAAUGUGCACAUUGAAACUAGGUCGAUAUUUUGCGUUUAUAUUCAUUUGUUUUGCGAUCAUUCAUAGCAUUGCACUUGGCUCUUCUUACAAUAUUCAACCAACAUUGGGAUGUGUUCUAUCGAAUUAUGUAGCGGUUCAGUAUUCAACAUAUUUCUUUUUUCCAAUUUUAAUCGGUCUCCUACCUAUUGUGGUUGCUUCAUCAUUUAGUAUCUUAGCUUAUCAUAAUGUUCGUCAUAUAGUUCGACGACAAUUACCAAUUGUUCGUCGUAAACUAGACAAACAAAUAACAGCAAUGGUUCUUAUGCGUGUGAUAGCCUUCGUUUGUUUGACACUAUCUUUUAAUGCUUAUCGUAUCUAUACCAUUAAUUUUCCUACAUCACAAAGUAUGCCUAUGGCAUAUGCAAUUAGUCGAUUAACUCAGGCAAUUUUUAUUUCUAUCAACAUUAUCAAUUAUAUGAUCAGCUUUUAUAUUUUCAUAAUAUUCUCAUCACGUUUUCGUCGUCAAGUAAAACUUGUUCUAGUAAGAAAAUAUUGGCAACGGUGGAAAUAUUGGUGUUGUUACAUAAAUAAUCGAAUUGAAUCUGACAACAAUAUUGAAAGACCCAAUUCACAAAUGGAAUCUGAAGAAAAACUUUAA